CUUGCUAGGAAGUUCUCCGUGCCAAGAGGUGUGCUCCAGGCUUAUUAGAGUCUGUUCUGUCCAAGCCUUUUCCGCACCGCUGAUUGUCACUUAUUUCACCGGGUCAUCUUGCAUACUGCUCAUUCAAGUUCACCAAUAAGUUAUUCAUUUUGAGUUUCGUUUCUCCCACCAAGUACUACACUACUAGUACAGUCAUGGAAACUACCGGAUUCGUCCCCGAGCCCAAUUGUGGCCGAGGCACCCUCGGCAUCGUCUGGGCAUGCCUGCCGACCGUGGCCUUCGUACUCUACACGGCUAUCCACAAGGACGCACACCGAUCGAUGCCGCGGUCCAUGUGGGCACUUUUCGUCUUCUUCGUCCCCGAGUCGAUGCCCGCGAGCGCGAUCGACCAGCUCAUCAAGGCCAGCCGUCUCAAGAAGCGGCUCCGUGCCCUCCAGGGCUGGCAGUCGUGGACCCUGAAGCAGUCGUUCCUCGUUGUCAAGAGAGGGGUGAGGGAGGCCGAUGGUGGAGAUAUCAUCACCCCGAACAGGCUAGUGGAGCUCGCAGAGCGCCAUCAGUAUCUCGGGGACGAGAAGUAUGGUCUAAAGGGCGGCGGUGUCUGCAUGGACAUGCUCCCCAGCGGAGAUGCCAUCGACCGCCGGAGCAAGAAAGGUUGGUUCGAAAAGCUGCUCGCAGGCUGCCAAGCACUGUGGUUCUGCGCCAACAUCGUCUCGCGGCUGGUCGAAGGAUACACGGUCACCCCGCUGGAGGACCUGACGAUCGCCUACACAUGCUGCGGGCUGAUUGCGACCUUGGCGUGGCUGCGUUGUCCGCAGGAUAUCUCGGAAUCCUUUGAGGUCGACUUGGACGUUGUGGACGAUGGCGUGCUUGCUGCUGUCGAGUGCGGUCAUCCCCUAGAUGAGGAACCCACCAGCAUCAACGCCACCAGUGGAAGUAGCAGCACUAUCAGACCGACUUCUCCGGUGACUGGGUCAGACUGGUUUAUGAUGACAACAGUUUGCGUCGUGCUGAGCCUGUUGGCGGCCAUCCACAUGGCGGAGUGGAACUACGCAUUUCCUUCCGCUGCGGAGGCCUGGAUCUGGCGGUGCUGCUCAGUGGCGAUGCUGCCUAUCGGCUUGCUUAUACUCUUCUUCGGCGACAGAUGCCGCUCCAAGCACUGGUCCACAGCCUGGACGGCUCCGGCUUAUGUUGUCGUCCGGCUUGCAUUGUUGACGAUAGCAGUGACAUCGUUUCGACAGGUACCUCUUUCGGCUUUGGACACGCCGGACUGGUCUGACUACUGGGGACAUUUUGGCAAAUAAGGCUGCCUUCUCCCCUGCUGCCACUUGUUGGCAAGGCAGACGUGACACAAUGAGGGCGUGGGGUUGCGUGAUGGCAGGGGAAUUCGUGUGGAAUUGUUAUACAGUCGUGGC